AUGUCUAAACCUACCCUCAACCCAAGCUCCCUCCAAAGCCGUCUAACAUAUCUCCUAAAAACCUGGCCCACCGACGCCGUCCGCCCAUCCUCAGUCUCUGUCCAAUCCUACAUUCAAUCCCGCCUCCAGGCUGCGGACAAGUCGACUCCAGCGAUCUCCGAGUCCUCCGCCAAUGCCCUGACGGCAUUGCUAAACGACCGCUUCGCGCGCGUGUAUCCUCUAUCACCAAAGCUGCGCCGGCCGGCGAGUAAUCCCGACCACUAUGAUAAUGUUGUGCGCGAGUUUGCGGAGGCGCCAAACCGGGAUUGGUUUGGGCGGUUAAAGAAGAGGUUGGCCGGUAUUAUUCGGUUGUCGUGA